AUGAGCAGCAGCGAAUUCAGGCUCGAGCGCAACGUCGACUUGUCGCCGGAGACCAGGGCAGUAGCCGAGACGGAGCUCCGGGAGACCCCCGAGAGGGUCCGGGAAGCCCUGGAGCGACUAAGGGAGCUCCUUAAGGAAACUAAAGACCUCUACUUCGGAGACGACGAUGAGCUCCUUACCAUUUUCCUACGCCCUUGCAAGUGGUACCCGGAGAGCGCGCUUGCACUGAUGCGGCGCGUCGCCGAGUUCAAGCGUGACAAUGCUAGUCUCCUCAACGGCUUAGUGCCCGAACACGAGAAGGAAGCGUUCCUCGAGCACAAAGUUGUGAACGUCAUGAAGGGCCGCGACCAAUUGGGGAGGCGAUUGCUGAUUGUAAACGUCGGAGGAUCAUGGAACCCGAAGAAAGUCAAUGCUGAUCAGUUGUUCAGAUUGUUCUACCUAAUCCACUUGGCCGCCAUGCUGGAACCGGAGUCUCAAGUCAGAGGCACGGUUGUUUUGAUGGAUUUCUACAACAUGGGCUGGUCGCAGACAAUGGGAUUGACGCCGUCGUUCUCUAAGCGCCUUCUGACUUUUAUCCAAGACGCGAUGCCUCUUCGUCUCAAGGAGGUGCACUUCGUCAAACAGCCUAAGGUCUUCGACAUCGUAUGGAAAAUGUUCAAGCCCCUAAUCAGGGAAAAGCUGAAGAAUAGAAUAUUCUUCCACGGCGCGGACAUGUCGUCCCUACACAAGCACUUAGCCCCUACCCACAUGCCAGCCGACUACGGCGGCGAGCUGCCCGCCAUAGACUAUUCGGGCGCAGACUGGUACCCCGUCAUUCAGCACGUCAUACCGCACAUAGACAACUGGAAUACCUACGGGUUCGUCAAGAAGGCC